AUGAACAAGGUGGAGUUGACUGUGCCACUGGAGCAACGUAGUUUGGAUGUUUAUCGUCAGAAAUUCGGAUUUCGUACGGUUGGUUGGACGAAAAGACAGAUUCUCAUCAAUGACAAACCAUUCUACUGUAUUGGCUUCGGAAUGCACGAAGAUUUUGAGAUACACGGGCGAGGUUAUAACCAAGUCGUAAUGACUAAAGAUUUGAAUUUACUAGAAUGGAUGAAUGGUAAUUGCUAUCGAACUUCACAUUAUCCAUACGCUGAAGAGCGAAUGGAAGAAAAUGACAGACGUGGUAUCGCUGUCAUAUCGGAAACUGCUGGAGUUGGAUUGAAGUAA